AUGCACUUCCGCGAUGCAUCCAUCUACAUGGCCGUCGUUGGCUUGACCUCGACGACGGCUCUCGCUGCCGUGGCUCCCUUUGGCCAGUGCGGCGGCGUCAACUACAAGGGCGACAGUGCCUGCGCUUCUGGCUCGCACUGCGUCAAGUACAACGACUGGUACAGUCAGUGUAUUCCCGCUGCUAACACUGGUGGCAACACUGGUGUCAAGCCCGCUGCUUCUCCUUCUCCUUCUCCCUCUUCAGCUGCUGGCUCUGGUGGCAACUCUGGUGUUAAACCCACUCCUUCCCCGUCUCCGGCUACCGGCUCUGGCGGAAACACUCCUGCUCCCAACGUUGCUGGCAGCGGCCGCAACGGCGCCAAAUGCAGUCUUGAUGCUGCCUUCAAGGCCAAGGGCAAGAAAUAUGUUGGUGUUGCCACUGAUCAAUACACUCUCAGCGCGGGCAAGAACAAGGAGAUCAUUGUCGACAACUUUGGCUGCGUCACUCCUGAGAACAGCAUGAAGUGGGAUGCCACUGAGCGUAGCGAGGGACAAUUCACUCUCGAUGGUGCUAAUGCCCUUGUCUCCUUCGCCACCGGAAACGGCAAACUCAUCCGCGGUCACACUACCGUCUGGCACUCUCAGUUGGCUUCAUGGGUCACUCAGAUCCGUGACAAGGCCAAGCUCGAAGAGGUCAUGGUUAACCACAUCAAGAAACUCGUUGGUACUUAUGCUGGCAAGAUCUACGCCUGGGAUGUUGUAAACGAAAUCUUUGACGAGCAAGGUGGCUUCCGAUCCAGUGUCUUCUACAACGUCCUCGGUGAAGGCUUUGUCUCUACCGCUUUCCACGCUGCCCACCAAGCCGAUCCCCUCGCCAAGCUUUACAUUAACGACUACAACCUUGACGGCGCAAACUACGGCAAGACAAAGGGUAUGAUUACCCACGUAAAGAAAUGGAUUGCCGACGGUGUUCCUAUUGACGGCAUCGGCUCCCAGUCCCACCUCAGCUCCCCAGGCACCCUUUUCCCCAUCUCUGGUGUCCCUGCUGCUUUGAAGGCUCUUUGCGAAGCCGCUCCCGAGUGCGCGGUAACUGAGUUGGAUAUCAACCACGGUAAGCCCGCUGAUUGGGUCACCGUCUUCGACGCUUGUGCCGAUAUCAAGAACUGUGUCGGUGUCACUGUUUGGGGUGUUUCUGACACCAACUCUUGGAUCGGUGCUGCCGGUGGACCUCUCCUGUUUGACGGGUCCUUCAAGGCCAAACCGUCUUACAACGAGCUUUGCUCCGCUCUCGCUUAA